AUGGGUUCUACUAUGCAUGUUGUCGCUUUUAUAGAACAAAAAUCGCGUCAGAAUGGUAUCGAUUAUGGUGUGGGUAGAUUUAGGUGUGAAGCGGGUCAAUUUGGUACAUUUCGAUUUAAGAUACUUUCAAGUGCGAAAAUGACAAAAUAUUGUCAUUCUUUCACUGAAGGCGAUGUUGUUACUUUGGUGGGACAAUUUUCUUACGAGACUAUAGAUAAAGAAGAAGGAUUUACGUUAAAUGUCUCUGUGGCAACUCCUUUCCCAUCACCGUCAUCGGGUUGUUGGGAACCCGAAGAAAUACCGAUUUCGGCUCCAUAUUUGAGUUUUCACACUCAACCUAUUUCCGGUUCAUUAAGGCAGAUAGAAAAUUGUCAAUUUGUUCGAACGAAAUCAUCAAUUCAUAGUGGUUAUUCACGAUCUUACACAGAUCCAAGGUUUAGAGUUGGUUAUCAAACUGAUAAUGAGAAGUGGAAUAACAUGGCGUUCAAUUGGGAUGCUUAUUCACAAUUUUUUAUAUCCGGAUUCUUCCUUUACGUUGAUAACGGAGAGGUACACAUUGAGGCAACUGAGAUUGAAGUUGAUCCUUCAGCAAAAAAAUGCGGGAAAACUUCAAACAUAUCGAAUUCAACAGUUCCUGGUGUAAGUCCUUUGGCAAAAAAUUUGGCUCGUUUACUUGAACAAGAGAAAAUUUCGUUUUCAACUACUUCUACAUUAGGAACUUUUGCUAAAAAUUCCUUUGAUCAAACCUCAUCAAAACCCGAGAAAAAACCUGCGUCUUUACGCCCUUUGGCGCCAAAAAGUGCAUCCGUUUCUUUACUACAUCAUUCACAAAAUCAAAUGGGUUUACAAUCUUUACAAUCGCAAUUAUCAGAUCAGCCAAUUUCAGAAACUUUGAGUAAAGAUUUAUUGAAAGGUAUGCAAGCGUAUCAUCACAUAAUGCAACGGCUCGGCAAUCCGAUGCCUAGUCAACCACCUUCACAUAUGCCAGUAUUUUCAACGUUACAACAAGUUCCUUCGUCAGAGCCAACCCCAUCAUCAACAGAACAAAUCGCCGAAUUGAUUGCUGAACAAGCUCCACAAGUUUCUAACCAAAUUGAUCGUGAAAGGUCACUAUCGAAUCAAAAUGAACGUGAUAAACCAUCCAAGCCCCCAUCUUCACAACAAGCAUCAUAUCCACAGGAAUUGGUGAAAAGUCCUACCCAUUAUACUUCCCCUCAAAAUGAAAGAGAUCUAACGCCAUCACGUGACAUCGGUAAUAAGAAUGAUUCGGUCAGAUCUUCAAGAGCAGAAUCCGAGUCCAGCGAAUCAAUUGAAUUUGAACAAACUAAAAAAUCGGGUAAAAAGAGUUCACCCGAAGACAAAUCAAAAUCAUCCCGUCCCACAUCGAGAAACACAUUGGGCAAUAGGUUUAUCGUAUACGAACCAAAAAUUCAAGAGUCUGAAGGAAUUAUUAAACCGGAGGGAACCUUGACUGGUAAAAGGGGUCGUAAAUCUAAAAAUUCGAGUACUGCUCGUUCUAACAAAAAAGCUAAAAUUAAGAAAAAUAUUAAUGAGAAAAAUGAGAAAGAAACAACGACGACGACGACAAAUCAAGAAGAACAAAUCACGGAUAUAGCGAACGGAAGUCCGAAAAAUCCUACGGAUAAGGAACCAAAGAAGGUAUCGGAAAAAUCUUCUAAAAAUUCAUCUGACAAUUCUGAAAAUACAAUUUUGAAUUUGAAAGUAGAAGGAGAAACUAUCGAAGAGACGAGAGAGAGUUGA